AUGAUACUCACUGGUGACGAUUAUGGAGAGCAAGAAAGAUUUAAAGGCUUGCUAGCCCAAGAAUUCGAGGUAAAAGAUCUUGGACCAAUGAAAUAUUUUCUAGGAAUGGAGGUUGCAAGAACAAAACAAGAAAUUGUUGUGCCUCAAUAUGUCCUUGAUCUACUCAAGGAAACAGGAAUGAGUAACUGUAAACCUGUGACAACACCAUUUGAACCAAAAGUUAGUCAAUACAUGCACAAUCCAUUCAAAGAACACUUGGAAGUUGUGUACAGAAUUUUACGCUAUCUGAAGAAAACACCAGAAAAUGGAUUGUUAUUUAAAAAGAAUGAGGAAAGAGGUGAUGAGACCUUCACAGAUGCAGAUUGGGCAGGGUCAAUUGAAGAUAGAAGAUCAACAACUGGAUAUUGUAAUAAAGUAUGA